AUGGUUGCAGGAAAAGUAUUUGUCGUUUCAAACAGAUUGCCUGUCACCAUUAAACGGUCUCCUGAUGGAAAAUAUGAUUAUACAAUGUCUUCCGGAGGUUUGGUUACGGCUCUUCAAGGAUUGAAGAAGUCAACUGAGUUCCAAUGGCUAGGAUGGCCAGGGUUGGAAUUGCCGGAGAAUGAGCAGGAGAAAGUGAACAAAGAUUUAAAAGAAAAAUUCAGCUGUACAGCCAUCUUCUUGAGUAAUACCAUUGCAGAUUUACAUUACAAUGGAUUUUCGAACAGUAUAUUGUGGCCCUUAUUCCAUUAUCAUCCUGGAGAGAUGAAUUUUGAUGAAAAUGCUUGGGCUGCGUAUAUUGAAGCUAACAAACAGUUUGCGGAAGAGACAGCGAAGCAAGUCCAUGAUAAUGAUAUGGUUUGGGUUCAUGACUACCACUUAAUGUUAUUGCCCCAAAUGUUGAGAAGUUUGGUAAAAGAUAAGAAUAAUAUUAGGAUUGGUUUCUUCUUACACACGCCAUUCCCAUCUUCCGAGAUAUAUAGAAUAUUACCGGUUAGAAAAGAGAUCUUGGAAGGUGUAUUGAGCUGUGAUUUAAUUGGAUUCCAUACAUAUGACUACGCCAGACAUUUUCUCUCGUCGGUAUCGAGAAUUGUUUCCCAUGUUGCUACUUUGCCUAAUGGAAUUGAAUAUCAAGGGAGAUCUAUUAGUAUCGGUGCUUUCCCUAUUGGUAUUGACGUUGAUAAAUUUUUAGACGGUUUGAAAAAACCCUCUGUCAUUGAAAGAGUGAAGCAACUAAAGGAUAAAUUCAAAAAUACGAAAGUGAUUGUCGGUGUUGAUAGAUUAGACUAUAUUAAAGGUGUUCCCCAAAAAUUACAUGCUUUCGAAAUAUUUUUGACUGAAAAUCCUGAGUGGAUUGGAAAGGUAGUGUUGGUUCAGGUUGCGGUUCCAUCAAGAGGUGAUGUGGAAGAAUAUCAGAGUCUUCGGGCCACGGUCAACGAAAUGGUCGGUAGAAUCAAUGGAAGAUUUGGCACUGUGGAGUUUGUCCCUAUUCAUUUUAUGCACAAGUCUAUUCCAUUCGAUGAGCUUAUCAGCUUGUAUCAUAUCUCUGAUGUGUGUUUAGUAAGUUCUACCAGAGAUGGAAUGAACUUAGUUUGUUACGAAUACAUCGCCUGCCAGCAAGAAAUGAAGGGGGCCUUGAUAUUGUCUGAAUUUGCAGGAGCAGCGCAAUCAUUGAAUGGCGCCAUAAUAGUUAACCCAUGGAAUACUGAGGAACUUAGUGACGCCAUCAGAGAGAGCUUGACACUUCCCCAGGAAAAGAAGAACGUGAACUUUCAAAAGUUAUUUGAUUACAUCUCAAAGUAUACCUCUGCUUUUUGGGGUGAAAGUUUUGUUAAGGAAUUGUCUAAAUGCUCAGAACAAAAGGCUAUCUCUCACAAAUGA